AUGUCAUCAAAUCAUAUAACAACCGAUGUUCAUAAACUCAUAGCCCAUUUCUUACAAGAAAACAACUAUCCAGAAACAUUAAAACAAUUCGAAUCAGAACAUGGAUCCCCCAUAGAACCUCAUAAAUUAAUCGAUGAAUCAUUAACCCAAAUAAUCAAAGAUCGUAUCAAUUAUAAUAAUCUCCUCCCAACCCAAUUCGAAUCACAAAUAAAAUUAGAUGAUGGAUAUAAGGAUGAUCAAAUAGUUGAGAUUAUUAAGAAUCAAUUCCGUCAUUGGAUAAGUCCAAGUCCUAUUCAUCGGGAGAAAUUAAUUGAUCUUGAUGGAUUAGUGAUUAGUUCAAGUUAUUCUAAUGGAUUGGUAUAUUUAAGUACUAGUAGUUGUAAAGUAUAUGUACUUGAAGAAGGGGGGAAUUUAUUUAUUCAUCAUACGAAAUUCCCCGUGGUUAUUAAGAAGAUUAUUCCAUUAGAUGGUGGGUUAUUAUUGUUUGUUGGUAUGAAUGGAAUGUUUUAUUUGAGUGAAUUGAAAGAUGAAUAUGAAUUGAAUAUUAUUAGUGAGUUUCCGGCACAUACUAGACUAAUUGUUGAUGCGAAAUAUAUUAAGUUUAAUAAUGUUGAUUAUAUAAUUACUUUAGGUUGGGAUUAUUAUUUACGAUUGAUUAAAUUGGAAGAUAAACAGUUUACAAUCUUAUCAGAAAUUAAAUUAACUCAACAAGGAACUUGUUUAGAUGUUAUUAAUUAUGAAAAUCAAUUGGUUAUAGUAUUAGGGAAAUUAGAAAAUACUUUGUUGGACGUUUAUACCACCACCAAAGAAGAUAAUCAAUUGAAAUUAUUAUACAAGAUAUCAUUAAAUGAUGCUGAAUUUACUUCAUCAAGUUUUUCACCAAGAUUUAUAACAAUUCAAUAUAUCCAUAAUACAAUCCCCAUGAUUGCAAUUGCAACUUCUCAUGAACCUUAUAUGAGAUUAAUAAUUGUUUCAUUAAAAGAAAUUGAUCAAAUACAAAAAGAUAAUCAAGACGAGCCACCCAUCAUGAGAAAUCAAAUUAUCAAAAAUAUAAAUACAUUAUCACCCCAAGAUAAAUAUUCCCAACCAAUAAUAGCCUGGAGAUUAAUUAAUCCAAACAGUCCCAAUCAUCCUAAAAAUAAUGGGAUUUGGAUAAUGGGUGAUGAUGGAAUUAUAAGAGGUGUUGAUUUAUUGAAUGAUAAAUUAAUAAUUAUAUCUGAUGCUCAUCAAGGUAAAAUUAAAGAAUUUAUAACUUAUUUUAAUCAAGAUUUUAAUGAAAGAUUAAUUUCUUGUGGUGUUGAUCGAGAAGUUACUAUUUGGAAGUAG